AUGUGCCAAGAAAGUUUAUUGUAUUUUAGGGAGGAGUUUGGAGAGUAUGCCGGGAAGAAAGCUAUCCUGGUUAAGGCCGUUUACGGACUCAAAAGUUCCGGAUUCGCAUGGAGGAGCCUCUGUGCAGACGUUUUGAAGGAACAAUUGGAGUUCCAACCAUGUCGUGGAGAUAUGGAUGUUUGGCGUCGUCCUUGUCAACGCAAAGAUGGUUUGAAGUAUUAUGAGUAUAUUUUAGUUUAUACUGAUGAUGUCAUUGCAAUCUCGGAGAAUCCAAAAGCGAUUAUGGACAAACUCAACAAUUUCUUUGUUUUAAAGCCUGACUUGAUAAAAGAGCCAACCACAUAUCUUGGUGCAACAAUCUCAAAGCACAAGUUGGAUGGUGAUGAUUAUUUCACCUGGGCUAUUGGAUCUGAAGCGUAUCUACAAGAGUUGUUACGAGUUGUCAAGAAACAAAUUGCGCCAAUGCAACUGACUUUGAAGAAAAAGGUUUACUCAACUUUACCCACUGGAUACAAGCCGGAACUUGAUUCUACUCCUUUUGUCGAUGAUGAUACUGCUAUUUUCUACAUGCAACUCAUCAGUAUUAUGCGCUGGCUUGUGGAACUUGGUCGUAUUGAUGUCGCUGCCGAAGUGUCUAUGCUCUCGUCUUACAAUGCAAUGCCUCGUGAAGGUCACUUUCAUGCUGCCUUACAUAUUUUUGCCUAA